AAAGCAUCGUUGCGAAGGACGGACGGCUCCCUUUUCUAGUUUUCUUUGUGUACCGAGAGAGAGAGAGAGAGAGAGAGAGGCAGAGAGACAGAGGGAGGAAAGAGGGUAGAUCUCAGUCAUCGUCCUCAGAAAACCUUGAAGAAAAAAAUGGGGCUGUCUUUCACCAAGCUUUUUAGUCGUCUGUUUGCUAAGAAGGAAAUGCGUAUACUCAUGGUGGGUCUUGAUGCUGCUGGUAAGACCACCAUUCUCUAUAAGCUCAAGCUGGGAGAGAUUGUUACCACCAUUCCUACCAUUGGAUUUAAUGUGGAGACUGUGGAAUAUAAGAACAUCAGCUUCACCGUUUGGGAUGUUGGGGGUCAGGACAAGAUCCGUCCUUUAUGGAGACAUUACUUCCAAAACACCCAAGGACUUAUACUUGUGGUUGAUAGCAAUGACCGAGACCGUGUGGUUGAAGCCAGAUUGUAUCAUUUAGAGGACUUCAAAUGCUGCUUAAUAUGUUGGACAUUGUUGCUUUGUCAGGAUGAGUUGAGGGAUGCUGUGUUGCUAGUGUUUUCAAACAAGCAAGAUCUCCCCAAUGCUAUGAACGCUGCUGAGAUAACUGAUAAGCUUGGCCUUCACUCACUCCGUAUACACAAAUAUUGCAGGUAUAUCCAGAGCACAUGUGCCACUUCUGGUGAAGGGCUCUAUGAGGGACUCGACUGGCUCUCAAACAAUAUUGCAAAUAAGGUUGGUCGUAUAUGCUCUUACAUAUAGAAUUACUUAUCAGAUAUCAACUUCUGGAAACACCUUGACAUGUUUUUUUUUUUUUUUUCAUGAUUAAUUUCUGUAUUUUUUUAAUGUAAUUGCAGGCAUAGUCGUUCUUUCCUUUUGGAGUAAUGGAUUUUGCCUUCCUGUUAAGUGUAACCUUUUCUACUGAUUCAUUGUUUCCCUUGCAGACAUCAUCAUUACUACCUGUAGUUUUCCGGAUUUUUUUUAUUUUUUAUUUUUAUGGUAUUACUUGGGACAGAAUUGUUUUUACGAUUGUCUUGUGAGUGUAAACGGCAUACAUUAUCUCUGCUACCCCUUUUGUUUUAAUGUCUCAGACUAGUUGAAGAAAAUGUGCUAAAUUC